AGAUCCUCGAGUAAAGUUGCUUUCCUGCAGAAUGUGCGAUAUUCGGGCGCUUCGUCGGCAUUGCAAAGAUUUUUAUUUCAAGGAUGACGACCGGAUGACGGGUAGUCCUGGGCAUCUGUAUGUCCGAAUUCCAGAGGUUCUCGAUCCCCACUACAGCAUGUAUGUCUGGCCCUGUGCAGUGGUCCUUGCUCAGUAUGUUUGGUAUCACAAGGAGCACGUGAUUGGAAAAGGCAUUUUGGAGAUUGGAGCUGGUGUUGGUUUGCCAGGAGUGGUGGCUGCAAAGUGUGGGGCCAAAGUCAUUUUAUCUGACAGUGCCAGGUUUCCCGCUUGUCUGGAGAAUAGCCAAAGAAGCUGUGAGGCCAAUGGUCUCUCGGAUGUUGUUGUGUUGGGGAUUACUUGGGGCCAGGUGUCCCCCGAGCUUCUUGACCUUCCACAACUGGACAUUGUACUCGGAUCGGAUGUCUUCUUUGAACCCGAAGAUUUUGAAGAUGUUAUGAUGACGAUUUAUUUUCUUCUAAAGAAAAACCCAAAGGCUCAAUUCUGGGCGACAUACCAAGAAAGAAGUAGUGACUGGUCCAUUGAAGCAAUCCUACAGAAGUGGGAUUUACGGUGUGUUCACGUCCCUUUGGAGCUGUUCAAUGCAAACAAGGAAUGCUUAGCACAAUCUAAUUUACCUGGCAGACACAGUGUGCAGAUGAUCAUCAUCACAUUGAAAGACACAAACAUUUGAUUUGGGUUGAAGGUGAGCAAUGGCCAUAGCUGCUAUGCAAUGCAAGUUAAAUUCCAACUGGCAAAAUCAGUAAGGGCAGUAAGAGAUAAAAAGAUGGUUCAGCAGUGGGCACUAAGUAUUCAAGCUGUAAAAAAAAAAAUGAUCUGAGCUUGUCACCUGGAGCAAAAUCAAA